UUUGCGACUCCGAGCAUGGUGACUGGACCUCAGCGGGUUAUGGCAAAGCCCCGAGCAGAAACGAAUAAAAACACAGUCACAGGUCCAGGGAGAGAAUGUGUUGGUACCUCAUCUGCUUCCCCGCCCAAGAAUAUCUCCAUUGCGGACUUUGAUAUCGGACGGCCCCUUGGAAAAGGCAAGUUUGGCAAUGUCUACCUUGCGAGGGUGAAGAAGCUGGAAGCUAUUGUGGCGCUGAAGGUGCUGUUCAAGUCUCAAAUGGAGAAAGAAGGUGUGGAGCAUCAGCUGAGGAGGGAAAUCGAGAUUCAAGCCCAUCUCAAGCAUCCUAACAUUCUGCGGUUCUACAAUUAUUUCCAUGACCGCAAGAGGGUGUUCUUGGUGCUGGAAUAUGCCCCUCGUGGUGAAAUGUACAAAGAACUACAGAAAUAUCAACGAUUUGAUGAUCAGCGCACGGCGACUUACAUGGAGGAAAUAUCAGAUGCAUUGUUGUACUGCCAUGAGAAGAAAGUGAUUCAUCGUGACAUCAAGCCAGAGAAUCUACUCCUGGGCUAUCGUGGAGAACUCAAAAUUGCAGAUUUUGGUUGGUCUGUCCACGCCCCCUCUUUAAGGCGACGAACCAUGUGCGGGACACUGGACUAUCUUCCUCCAGAGAUGAUCGAGGGACACACCCACAGUGAGAAGGUGGAUCUGUGGUGCAUCGGAGUCCUCUGCUUUGAAUGCUUGGUUGGAAAUCCACCCUUUGAAACCGCCAGUCAUACAGAAACAUACAAAAGAAUUAUGAAGGUGGAUUUAAAUUUCCCAAAAGUCGUCUCUGACGGUGCCCGAGACCUGAUCUCCAAGCUGCUUCGUCACAAUCCCAACGAUCGCCUGCCUCUUCAGAAGGUCAUCGACCACCCGUGGGUGCGCGCCAACUCUCACAGGCUCCUCCCACCUACCUGUCCCCCCAAAAUAUCUUAAGACUGCCAAUGAUCUGUCUGACUUCUGUCUUUGUACAUUUUAACUGUCCACCACCAGACUGUGGGUCUGCACGGGUUUCACUGCCAUGGCUUUACACUGCCAUUAUUUUGGCACACUUUAUGGCUGCCCUAUCAUAUAGCUUCUUCUUUUUUUUUCAAUUUUUUUUUUUUUUUUUUUUUUAGCUAAAUAAUAAAUGAAACAUAACUUGUCUUCAAAUUGUUGGGAAACUAAGGUUUUCUACACUGAUGUUAGCUCCAAUUCUUGUGUCCAUUCGCAUACUUAAAGUUAAUUAUUGUCCCAUUGUGUUGCUUAUUUUUUAUGGAGGACUAAAUGGGACUUGUUGAAAUAAAUAUAUACACCAUUAAAUUAA